AUGGAGGCCGUGCUAAACGAGCUUGUGUCUGUGGAGGAUCUGAAGAAUUUUGAAAGGAAGUUUCAGUCUGAGCAGGCAGCUGGCUCUGUAUCCAAAAGCACACAGUUUGAGUAUGCCUGGUGCCUGGUGCGAAGCAAAUACAAUGACGACAUCCGUAGAGGCAUCAUGCUCCUGGAGGAGUUGUUACCCAAAGGGAGCAAAGAGGAACAGCGGGAUUAUGUCUUCUACCUGGCAGUGGGCAACUACCGUCUCAAGGAAUAUGAAAAGGCCCUGAAGUAUGUACGAGGGCUGCUGCAGACUGAGCCCCAGAACAACCAGGCCAAGGAGCUGGAGCGCCUCAUUGACAAGGCCAUGAAGAAAGAUGGAUUAGUAGGCAUGGCCAUUGUUGGUGGCAUGGCCUUGGGUGUGGCGGGGGUGACUGUCCUCAUUGGACUAGCAGUCUCCAAGUCCAAAUCCUGA